GGCGUAGGAAACAAAUUGACAAACGGAGGAUCUCUUACGUACGUAGCAUUCCCACUUCACGCGCGCGACAUUGCAAAUGCGUAGAUAUACACAACAUUGCGUGACAUUCUGGCGUACUCCAUUUUUCCACUGCUCAACGGGUGGGUCAGAUAUUACCACAAAGUGACUCCAACGGGAUAUCAAAAAUAUAAAGCAGCGAGUAUCAGCCCCCGUUUGACAAACUCCUUUUUAAAAAGAAGAAGGCGGCACAAGGAACAGAGAUCGCAUAGUGUAAUCCUUUUUUUUUUUUUUUUCAUACGGGCCGAAGAAAGCAGAACCAUGCCGCUCACUGUGGGGAAGGCGGGUCCCGCCUCGGACUUUCGGAAGUUCAUGGAGAAGCGACUGCAAGUGUACCUAAAUGGAAACAGACAAAUCGUCGGCGUGCUGAGGGGCUACGACACCUUCAUGAAUUUGGUUCUGGACAACACGGUGGAGAUAAAGAAGGAGGAGCAAAUUGACAUCGGCAUCGUCGUCAUCCGGGGCAACAGCAUUUCUUACUGGGAGUGCCUGGACAGGGUUGACAUCAAGUGAGAGCACUGCUGGGGGGGCCAAGCAAUGCAUAUGUACGUAUAGCUACGUUUGUAAACUGCGUACGCCAGA